UGUAGGUGUAAUUAAUGUAGUUGCUCUGUUGGAUCCUAAGUGUUAUUUAUAGGAGAGGAAACACACAAAACAAGACCAUUCAUGAAAAGCCACCUAAGAAGUUGAAGCAGAGGCAAAAGAAAAAUAAACUUAAAAAAAAAAAGCUAUCUGUUUUGGUUUCUCCAGUCUCCAAUGGCUCUCAAGCUCUUUCUCUUUGCUCUUCUCCUCUGUCUCCCAAUUUCUCUCUCCUCCACUGCUUCUAAAGGUAAAGAGCAGAAGUUGAAGUUUAAUCCUUACAGAUACACGUUCAUCGAUAAAGCCAGCUCAUUCGCAUCAUCUUCCUCAUCUUCUACUUCAUCCAACGGUCGAGAUUCCUCCUACGAUUACAUAGUCAUCGGAGGCGGAACCGCAGGCUGUCCUCUCGCCGCAACGCUGUCGCGGAAUUUCAGCGUCCUUGUCCUCGAGAGAGGUGGCGUUCCGUUUACAAACGCAAACGUCUCUUUCCUCAGGAACUUCCACAUCGGACUUGCUGACACGUCACCUUCAUCCGCGUCGCAGGCGUUUGUUUCCACUGACGGCGUUUAUAACGCUCGUGCCAGAGUUCUCGGCGGCGGCUCCUGUAUCAAUGCCGGUUUCUACUCCAGAGCCGAUGCUGCGUUCGUGAAGCGAGCAGGAUGGGAUCCGAAGCUGGUGAAGGAGUCGUAUCCAUGGGUGGAGCGAGAAAUCGUUCAUCAGCCGAAGUUAACGCUAUGGCAGAAAGCUCUGAGAGACAGUCUUUUAGAGGUUGGAGUCAGACCUUUCAACGGCUUCACUUACGAUCACGUCUCCGGCACCAAAGUCGGCGGCACAAUCUUCGAUAGAUUCGGCCGUCGUCACACCGCGGCGGAGCUUCUCGCUUACGCUAACCCUCAGAAGCUUAGAGUCUUGAUCUACGCCACCGUGCAGAAAAUCGUCUUUGACACAUCCGGAGCAAGGCCUAGAGUAACAGGAGUGAUAUUCAAAGACGAGAAAGGCAAUCAACACCAGGCUCUGCUCUCGAAUCGAAAGGGAAGUGAAGUGAUCUUGUCCAGUGGAGCUAUGGGGUCACCACAGAUGCUGAUGUUAAGUGGGAUUGGACCUAAGAGGGAGCUUCAGAGACUGAAGAUUCCUUUGGUUCUAGAGAAUGAGCAUGUUGGGAAAGGAAUGGCUGAUAACCCGAUGAACACGAUCUUGGUGCCUUCUAAGCAGCCUAUAGAGCAGUCACUUAUCCAGACUGUUGGAAUCACAAAGAUGGGUGUGUAUGUUGAAGCCAGCACUGGCUUUGGGCAAUCCCCCGAGAGCAUUCAUACUCACUAUGGUGUUAUGUCGGACAAGAAUGAGUUGUUUUCCACCAUUCCUGCAAAGCAGAGAAGACCAGAAGCAACACAAGCUUACAUCUCAAGAAACAAAUACCAACUUCAUGAAGCAUUCAAUGGAAGUUUCAUCUUGGAGAAAUUAGCUUACCCUAUCUCUAGAGGGCAUUUGAGCUUGGUCAACACCAACGUAGAUGACAACCCUUCAGUGACGUUCAAUUACUUCAAACACCCGGUGGAUCUCCAACGCUGUGUUGAAGCCAUCCGUCUCGUUUCAAAAGUGGUGACCUCUAAACGCUUCCUAAACUACACGCAAUGCGAUAAGCAAAACGUCCACAAGAUGCUUAGCUUAAGCGUCAAGGCAAACAUCAAUCUAAGACCAAAGCAAGUGAACGAUACCAAAUCAAUGGCUCAGUUCUGCAAAGACACUGUUGUCACAAUCUGGCACUACCACGGUGGUUGUCUUGUGGGUAAAGUUGUGAGCCCUGACCGCAAAGUUCUCGGUGUCAACAGGCUCAGAGUUAUUGAUGGCUCCACAUUUGCCGAGUCUCCGGGAACCAACCCUCAAGCCACGGUCAUGAUGAUGGGGAGAUACAUGGGAGUGAAGAUUCUUCGGGAGAGACUUGGAAACAAGGCAGGUGUUUAGUUUACAGAUUGAGCUUUUAUCGUAGACCCCAGCAUAAUUUGUACUAAGGCCAAGGUAAUCAAAUCCGUACCAACCAGAAAAAGGCUGUUGAGGAAUUGCGUUGGAUAAUAUCCGUCUCUCUUAUUUUUUUGUUUCUAGUUGUUUUGAUAUUCUAUUCAUUGAAAUUAUAGGAUCAGAUUGUCUAAUGAACUGUGGAACCCUAUUUUGGGCAAUCAGCUGUGUUUGCUUGCGUGAAAAGUUAAUCAUCAUCUCUGUCUAAGUAAUAUCUUGCGUUUCAUUCGUGACCUGGUUUUUGCGUUGGACAAUUUCUCAAAAAGAACGAUUCUUUCGGUAAUCCAUCGUAAUAAACGAAAAUCCAAAUUAGUGAACAAACAAGUAAAUAAGUUUUGCUUGUACUACUAUACGAGGACAAUGUACCAAUGCUUUGUUAACUUUUGAACAUUGUGAGAAACUAUAGCAAAGUUAAAGAAGAAGAAAGUGUAGUAACCACGAAAACCUAAUUCCUGAGGCUCUGAACUAGAAGAAGGAACCCAUAAGACUAAUUAAAAAAAACCUAAAAGGGGACUUUAAAUGAUCUGUGACGGCAUGAGUAUCUGGCUCAAGAAGUUGUUUUGUUCCGGAUCAGAGACUCCUUCCUUCUCAAGCUUAACCUUGCUGGUUUGCUCAGGCAUCUCCAAAAUCAUAUCGUAAUUCAACGGACUCUGUUGCUGUUGCUGCAUCAUCAUGUCUUGAUGUUGUUGUUGGUUCUGUUGAUCAAAACCAUCGACAUUAACGUAUUCUUCUUCUCCUUGUUCCAAUAAAUCUCCGUAAGAAGAAUAGCAGCCAAAGGAAAGGUCUUGCCCUUGCCUUUGCCUUUGCGUUUGCUGCUGGGGAGCUAGAGAACGAUACAUAGCGAGUUGCUGAUGAACUAAGCUAAGCUCAGCCUGAAAGAAGUCGACCUUACGCUUAAGAUCACACAUGAUCUUGUAAACCCCACCAACUGGAUCUACGGCACGAGCGUUAGCGUGGUAGAUAAGGUUAUGCAUUGCGAUGUCGCGUUGACACUCUUCGACUCCUUUGAUCAUCUUGGUGAUGUUGCUUACUCCAAAGAGUUUAUGGGCGUUUAGAAACUGCUUUUGGCGAUCCUGAGGGAAAUAAGGAGCGAGAAGACAGCUUUUUGUGCACUUUUUCCUCUGGUAUUUGCAGGCAGCGCAAGCCGUGGCGGAAGAGGAGGAGCCACCGUGGAUUUUGGAUAAGGACAUUAGGGUUUGUGUUUGUGGGGG